AUGGCGGAUGAUAUCACCUAUGCGGACGUGGCACUGCUACCCAGGGAAAGACCACCCGUUCCUUCUCGGACAUCAGUUCCAGGAAACACGAUCACAUACGCUGAGCUGCGCGUGAAUCCGAAAGCCAAAGGGAGCAGGAGAUCAGAGACUUCCGCUUCUGGCUGCCGACACGGGCGCUCAGCCUGGUUCUAUGUGGCGCUGGUCCUGGGAGUCCUUGUGCUUGUCCUGCUGGGUGUCAUAGCCGUGCUAGCCAAGCAAUUUUUGAAGGGCAGAGCAGGAAAAUCGGAAAGUUCGUCCCAGUAUGGUCUAAAUAGCACUGGUGAUCACAUUUCUUCAGAGAAAACUGUCUCGGCAGUGCUCCUGAAAUGGCUCAUGGAGGAACUGUGUGAAGACGGACAGGGAACAACAUGCGAGCUGUGUCCUCCAGGGUGGCAACUACACAGGGGGAGAUGUUACUACUUCUCUGAGGAGGCUGUAAGCUGGGAUGAGAGCCGGAAUAACUGUCUGGCCAGGAAAUCCCAGCUUCUUGUCGUUGAAGAUGAAAUUGAGAUGACUCUAUCCAUAGAUGACACCGAAGGAAAACAACUGUAA